AUGCCUGCCUCGUGUACCCUUCCAAUCAUUAACACAGUUAGUAUGGGUGAAGCCUGUCUGUCCGUGCCAUGCCAGUAUGGAGGAAACUGCACAGAGGUCGACGACGGUUUUAAGUGUGAAUGUCCUAAAGGAUUUGGCGGGAACCAAUGUGAAAUAUAUCCACCGCGUAAUUGUGCUGAGUUGAAGGCUCGUGACGGCAUCACCGAAGAUGGUACCUACGUCAUUGACCCGGAUGGAAAACAUCGUACUCUAUCACUUCCGGUUGAGAUGGAGUGCCUCAUGGCGGACGGUGUCACCUCAGUACCACACGACAUCACAGAUCAAGAGACGACCCCGUCUGGACUCGGAGUAGGGGAGUUUGUGCGCAAUGUGACCUAUCCGUUCGACUCCAAUACUAUCCUUGCUCUCAUUCAGAAUUCGAAGAGCUGCAAGCAGUUAAUCUUUGCCAAGGCAUAUAGGUCCUACAUCUACUCUUCUGAUGGCCUCACGCAGAAUGUUUGGUGGGUGUCACGACAGGGGAGGAAAAUGCCAAACUGGGGCGACUCACCGAGUGAUCACAGAGGUUGUGCAUGUAGUUACAAUGGAGCUAGCUGUUAUGGAGGACGUCGUUGUCGGGCCGAUUACUCCGAGGUCUCUGGUACAUGGCGGGAAGAUACUGGCUACCUUACUGACAUGAGAAGACUGCCAGUCAUCAGGCUGCACACAGGAUACACGGUAUAUCAGUCACGUCAUUUGUAUUAUAAUCUUGGCCCUCUCCUGUGCGAAGGAUACUGGUUUUAGUAAUAUCAAGAGGUUCACCAAUC